AUGUACGCAUUCGAAGUACGCAGCCAUGGAUACCAGGCCGGGGACCACCCUGCUGGCGGAAAAACUCCGGAGGGUCGAUCGGGUUCGCAUCUUCAUGCUACCGUCCGUCCCCGAUGGAACUGGGUCGAUGAAUAUCUGCGCGAACUCAUGGCUCCCGAUUCGCCGGAGUAUGGCCUCAUUUUGGUGAGCGUCAGUAUUGCGUUGUCGGUACUGCAGAUCAUAUUUGUUGCUUUGAUGUUCUACACUAGGCGCUUGCAACGGGAAAAGUAUGGGUGGGAUGCUUGGAUUAUGCUUAUUGCUCUGUUCGGGAGUCUUGCAAAGGCUGGCAUUUAUAUCGCAAUGGUGUAUUCAGCUGGACUAGGUCGUCACAUCGCCGACAUGAAGCCUCCAUCCGAAAGCUUCAUCUUUAUCAAAAAGGGCUACUGGGCCGUCGAACUUUUCGACUUCCCCCUCACAAUAACCCCGGCUAAAAUCUCUCUACUCCUCUUCUAUGUGCGCAUCUUCUACACGCGCAAAUUCAAAUUCUUCGCCUAUGGAGUUGGCUUCCUAGUAAUGGGCCUAGGCAUCGCAAUGUUCUUUCAGACAAUCUUCCAGUGCUCACCCGUUGGCUUUGGCUGGCACAAGACCAAUGGACACGGAUCGUGCAUCGAUCAAAUGUUCGUCUACCGCGUCAUCUCACCAAUCAAUGUCCUAACGGGUGUUUUGAUACUCACUAUGCCAAUGCCGCUUGUUUGGAGACUUCAUGCGCCCCGGGGGCAGAAGUUGGCAUUGACUGCUGUCUUCUUAAUUGGUGGACUGGGAACUGUUGUGAGCAUCUGGCGAGUAUUCCUCUACUUUGCAUAUUCGAAAUCCCAACUCCACGACGUGACAUGGUUCUCCUUGAAAAUCAGCAUCCUCACCGUCAUCGAAGGUGCAAUAUUAAUCAUCACUCCCUGUCUCGUCAGUAUCUGGCCGCUCUUGACACGCAUGGUUCCUCGACGUCUCAUCGGCAAGUUGACCUGUUACCGACAGGCCCGUCAGCAUCGACAGUGGUAUAUGACUUCUCACAUGCCUGAAAAUAGUCCUUGUGGUGAUUCUAGUGUACGAGUACGAAGGGAUGGCCGUUUGGGGAGUUCGGGUUCGUUGGCGGAUUUGGAGGACCAGCUUUGGUGGGUUUCUGAUGAUACUGAUACAACUUCGACGUGUGAGAGGAUUAUUAUGGAUAAUGAUUCGAAGGAUUAG